CGAGCAGAUGGUAUAUGUGUGCUUCAAGUACUAAACUGCGAUAUACUGCAAUAUACUGUACUGUAUCGUACCGUACCCCGCGAACGUGCCUCGGGAGGGAAGAGUACGGUUGGCAUGAUCGCGGGACGUUAUUGUGCCGGGUUCACGCGAGCGACUAGUAGAGGCUGGUGUUAUAUUGCUUUACCUUUACUUUGCUAGACACUGGAGCACUCCGGAGUAUGCGAUUGCUCGGGGCAUUCGUUGGAGCAUCAAAAGCUGUCGGAUACCUCCACCAUGCCGAACAGCUACACCAUCUACACGUUGAGUUUGGAGGGAGGAUGCUACUACGUGGGGAGUACUUCGCGUACAAUGUCCGAACGAUUCCAGGAACACCAGGCCGGGACAGGUUCUAGCUGGACACGACUGCACCCUCCCAUUAAGAUACGGAAAUCGUACCGGUACCACGGACCAAGUCCCGGAUUGGAAGAAGACCGGGAAGUAUACGAGCUCAUGAAAGACGUGGGCAUUGACAAGGUACGCGGCGGACAGUUUGUGCAAUUGAUCUUCACGGAAGAAACAAAACGUUCUCUACAGCGGACUCUCCGUCAUUCCGUUGGUGCUUGUAUGCGAUGCGGUCGACAAGGGCACGUCAUCUUGGCUUGUCGUGCGGUGACCGAUCUUUACGGUACGGUCAUACCACGCCCAAGCGAGACUAACCGCUCCACCCACAAGUCGGAGGUCCGGUCAACGGUCACUCAGAAACCAAGGGCGCGUACGGUGAAUUCCAAAACGUGUGCACGCUGUGGACGGUCUAGCCACGACGAAAAUCGGUGUUACGCCACGACACAUAGCAGCGGCCGAGUGCUGGAGUCAGAAGAAAACGAGAUGGAGCCGAUGCCCCGGCGAGCGGUCGCUCAAAAGCCGAGGGCGCGCAAGGUGGAUUCCAAAACGUGUGCACGCUGUGGACGGUCUACCCACGACGAAAGUCGAUGUUACGCCACGACACAUAGCAGCGGUCGAGUGCUGGAGUCAGAAGAAGACGAGAUGGAGCCGAUGCCCCGGCGAGCGGUCGCUCAAAAGCCGAGGGCGCGUACGGUGAAUUCCAAAACGUGUGCACGCUGUGGACGAUCUACCCACGACGAAAGUCGAUGUUACGCCACGACACAUAGCAGCGGUCGAGUGCUGGAGUCGGAAGAAGACGAAAGUGACGACGAAGAUUUCUUUUGCAGUCGAUGCGGCCGCAGUGGUCAUGAUGCGGAGGAAUGCUACGCGAGAAGCGACGCGAAUGGCCGAAGAUUAUGGUAGGUCCGCAACAGUUUUAUAGAUUCUUGGUGACCGGCACUCUUAAAGUUAGUUGACGCCAAUAUUAUUAAACCUUUUUUGGAAACGC